AUGAAAAGGUCAAUCAAGUAGUCUGCCUCCUCCUCCUAUCAAUUUCUCGAUAAGUUAGGCGAAGGGUAAUAAUGCCGAUCAUCUAGAAAUUAGUGCUUUCGGUUACAUUUGGAAGGUCCAACACAUUUCGAGUGGUUAGAUAUUUGCCUGUAAGCUAGUCAAAAAUUCUAUGAAGAAGGAAAAAAAAUUAUUGUAAAGAGAAAUACAAAUCCUCCAAAUCCUGAAAGGCAAAAAAGGUAUUAAAAUACUAAAACCAUUAAGGAUUUACAUAGUUAUUUGCAUCUGGUUCUGAUCAACAUAAUACCUACUUUGUUAUGAAUCUCAUGGGAGACAACUUGGAACAGCAUCGCCAAAAGAAGGGAAAUUUCAAUAAAAUCUUGCCUAUCGGAUUGGAGAUCAUCAAAAUUCUGAAGGAGCUCCAUUCGUUAGGAGUAAUCCAUCGAGACAUAAAACCUGAGAAUUUUGUUAUGCAAGAGGGGAAGAUCAAUCUGAUUGAUUUUGGACUUUCUAAAAAAUAUCAGAUUGAUGGUCAUCACAUUCAUUACAAAGAAAAUAAAGGGAUGAUAGGAACUGCUCGAUUUGCAUCCAUAAAUGCUUUGAAAGGCAUAGAACAAUCUAGAAGGGACGACUUGGAAUCAUUGGGAUACAUGCUCAUUUAUUUGCAUCAGGGCAAUUUGCCUUGGUAUUCUAUCAGUGAUCAGGACAAAGAAAUCCGAUAUUAAAAAAUCAAAAAAAUGAAAAAGGCAUUAAAAAUCGAUAAAUUCUUUGGUUUGCCUAUUCAACUAUCUAUAUUUAUGGAAUACGUAAAAGGAUUGAAGUUUGAGGAAGACCCAAACUACGAAUACUUGAUAUCUCUAUUCUCUCAAGAGGAAAGUGGGGCUCGUCUGGGGUUAUAGUAUUUUCAACCAAAACCUGCAAUUAGAUUAAAAUUUAUUUAAAUGUAAAGAACAAGUUUUCGCUCUCCUCCAAAAGAAAUCAAUUCUAGUAGAAAAGCCAGUUUUGAGGAGUCUUCUUCAGCAGGAUCAGACAUCCAAGAAGAACUUCAGGAAUCCAUCAAAUUAAAACACUUUAUUGUUGGAAUCAAACAACCAGCUGACAGUCCAAUUUAUGUUAAGCAGAGCUGA